AUGUGCAAUGGUGAAUUUUUUAAUAAAGAACCCUUGGAAGCAUUUGAAUACUUUGACUAUUUAUCUGAAAAUGCCCAGUCAUGGGAUGUUUCUGAGAUGUAUGACAGAUCUGAAAAUCCAAAAUUUUUAAGUGGGGGUGGAAAGUAUCAUUUAAAAGAAGCUGAUGAUUUACAUGCUAGGCUUGCAUUACUCUCUAAGAAGGUAGAGUCUAUAGAACUUAAGAAAGUCAGCGAGCUGCAAGCCCUACCAUCUACUUCUGAAAAAUGUAACAUAUGUGAAGAUCUUGGGCAUGUGACUAGUGCAUACCCAACAAUUCCUGCAUUUAAAGAAGUCUUACUUGACCAAUCUAAUACUGUGAAUAUGAUCUCUAAAAAUUUUUCUAGGCCAUAUUCUAACACUUAUAAUUCAGGUUGGAGGAACCAUCCAAAUUUUGGUUGGAGGAAUGAGCAGCCAACAGCCCCAGGACCUGCUCAAUAUGCUCCCUAUUCAGCACCAACAGCCCCAGGACCUUCACAAUAUGCAAAUCACCCACCUCCAGUGCAAAAGAAGAACUUGGAGGAAACCAUGCAGCAGUUGUCCGUGAACCUCCAGCAGUUCAUGCAAAGUCAGAAUACGAUAAAUAAUCAAAAUUCACAAGCAAUAAACGACAUUAGAGGAACACUCACAAGAGUGACCACCGCUUUAAGUGCUCAAGAAAAAUGGAAAUUCCCUGCUCAGCCUCAACCCAACCCACAAGGACUGAAUCAGCAAACUCAGAGUACUACUGAAAGUGCCAAUGUCAAAUCUGUCAAGGCCAUCACAACUCUAAGGAGUGGUAAGGUUGUGGAUAUUCCUGCACAUGGUGCAACCAGCUCAGGUAAAAAUUCUAACCCUUCCCAAGAUAAAGGUGAGCCAAGCAUGCUAGAUUCUGAAACAAAUAUAUGCCCAACACCCGCCCCAUUCCCACAUAGAUUGCUUUCUAUGCAUAAGGAAAAACAGCAUGCUGAAAUUCUGAAAAUUUUUAGACAUGUCAGGAUUAAUAUUCCUCUUCUUGAUGCCAUUAAACAAAUUCAUGCUUAUGCUAAAUUUUUAAAGGAUUUAUGCACUGUAAAAAGGAAGUUAAAUGUGCAGAAAAAAGCCUUUCUCACUGAGCAAGUCAGUGCAAUAAUUCAGAAUCACACACCACCCAAGUUUAAAGACCCUGGUUCACCAACUAUUUCUUGUGUCAUUGGAAAUGCAAAAAUUGGCCAAGCUUUACUUGACUUAGGUUCAGGAGUUAAUUUGCUGCCUUUUAGUGUGUAUGAACAUGGGUUUGGGUGA